AUGGGACCUAAGACAGCUGGCUGCUGGGUUUUCGGGCUGAACCAAGCUCAGGACCUGGUGGAACUGAGUUUGAAUCGAAUCCAGCUGGCCAGCUGCCCCCCAGGCCCUUCACUCACUCUGGACCGUCCUGGAGACUCAGCUCACUCCUCUCUCAGGCAGAUCCCGGUGCCUGCAGGGCUGAAGCGGGGCCCAGGGUCUGUACUGCUCCCUGCUGGCCUGCUCUUCCUGACAGCUGGAGCUGCUCCUGCAUCCACGUGCUCGACCUUGGGGGACUCUGUCUGCCACCUGUCCUGCCGGUGCCAGGGAGGACAUCUCUUGGUGCCAGAGGAUAUGGCUGUGACAGGUGCUGUGCUCAUGGUGGUCAGUGAACUUGUCCAGGCUGUCCACACACUCCAGCACACUUCCCAAGUGCCCAAGGAACUGGUGAUGGUGGACUUCCUGGCCCCUUGGAGGCUGGCUGUGGAUGCCCGUUGGCUUUCUGGAACUGCACAGAGCUCCACAGGGGGACCCACUUUGGAGCUGCUGGUCCCAGCCUCUAGGCUGGGUCUGGAGGGGCUUUGGUGGGUGGGCCUGGGGUUUUGGGGCUUUGUUGUGAGUGAGAAGUUUGGGGAUGCUUAGCUGUUGUUGGGUGUGCCCACUGAUCUGGAGGGUAACGUUAUUGUGGCAGACAAGCAGCAGUGUCAGGUUAGCGCUUUCCCUUGGGCUAGGACACCCAUCUGCAUGGUGUUUGAGGGACCAGGGAUGCCCUUGGGCAUGGUCUCUGGGCCCCAGAGCCAGCUCAUGGUGAUGACUCAGGUGGACUCAGAUGGCAGCAUCCCCCUUCUUGUGCAUGGGCCCAGCCCUUAG